AUGGUCACAACCACAGGGAGCAGUUCGAGCCGAGAGACGGUUAUCGGAGUUGCCGAGCAAAAUGAUCGUCAAGAUGAGACUACGGCUCUUCUUGGAUCUCUGUCCAAGCAUGUUAAUUUGCACACCUCGACUACAUAUGGCACAUCACAGUCAGACGGCUAUGUCGCUGCCGAUGAGGAAGACAAGCCUUUACCCAAAACUCAAGUCCUGUUGCUCUGCUAUGCCCGUGCGAUAGAGCCACUGGCGUUUUUCUCAAUCUUCCCAUAUGUUAGCCAGAUGGUUCAAGAUAAUGGCCAUGUCUCGGACUCGGAUAUCGGUUUCUACUCUGGGCUCAUCGAGUCACUAUUUUCUCUAACGCAAGCGAUUGUCAUGAUUUUCUGGGGUCGACUAGCCGAUCGCAUUGGACGCAAGCCUGUGCUCGUUUUCUCUUUACUCGGUGUCACUGUGGCAACUGGUCUUUUUGGACUGGCACAAUCUAUUCCGCAGAUGAUCAUGUUCAGGUGCAUCGCCGGUGUCUUUGCCGGAACUAUUGUCACCAUUCGGACCAUGAUAGCAGAGCACAGCACACCCAAGACCCAGGCUCGAGCAUUCAGCUGGUUCGCCUUUAGUGGGAAUCUGGGUAUCUUCCUCGGCCCUUUGCUAGGUGGCGCCCUUGCCAACCCUACAGUUCAAUUCCCGGGCAUCUUUGGAGGCAUCCAUUUCUUCGAGAAGUAUCCGUACGUUCUCUCAAGCUGGGUAGUGGCAGCGGUGGGAGCUACCGCUGCCAUAACUAGUGCCCUUUUUGUCGAGGAAACACUGAAGAAGGAUCCGGCUCAUGGCCACGAUGGCGAGGCAGCCUCCGACGCCCCAGCUCAAAGCGGCGAGCUCACAACAUGGGAACUCAUGAAAGCACCAGGUGUAGGCAUGGUCCUCUACAUAUACGGUCAUAUCAUGGUCCUCGCCUACGCUUACACGGCUAUCGUCCCCGUCUUCUGGUUCACUCCCAUUUCCCUCGGCGGAUACGGCUUCACGCCCAUGCAAAUCUCCCUCCUGAUGGGCGUAAACGGUGCCGCUCAGGCUACAUGGCUCCUCCUAGUCUUCCCCCCAUUGCAGAAGAGAAUUGGCUCGAACGGCGUGAUCCGGAUUUGCGCUGCUUUCUAUCCGAUCUUCUUUUUGAGCAUGGCCAUUGGAAAUGUCCUCUUACGGAACGGAAGUGAGGCAGCUGUCAAGGCUUUCUGGGUUUUUACACCUUUGAUGUUAGUUUUGGGAUGCGGAGUCAGUAUGUCCUUCACCGCGAUUCAGCUAGCCAUCAAUGAUGUCGCGCCCUCACCGAGGGUUCUGGGUACGCUGAAUGCUUUGGCAUUGACUGGUGUCAGUGGUCUACGGGCUUUCUGUCCCGCUCUCUUCACUACUCUCUUUGCGUUGGGAGCGAGGACACAACUUGCUGGGGGAUAUGCUAUCUGGAUCUUCCUGGCUCUGUUCUCCUCGGGUUUGUCACUCGGAGCGAAAUUCUUGCCGGAGCCCAAACCAGUCCAUAAGCGCCAAAGUACAGAAUAA